AUGGCGCCGACCGCAAAUUGGAGGCAGUACCAGUCGAGUAAUAGCACCACUUCUGGCCGCAGCGACAACAGCACCGCUUCAGGCCACAGCGACCACAGCGCUCACAGCGCCCGUUCCUACGACACAGCGCCGACAGAGUACAGCGACCGGAGACCGUCGCUACUGCACAGCGAAACAUGCCAUCCCCGCGUACAAGGACGCGGCCGGGAACCAGACUACUUUGUGCCUCAACACCAGGUCGACCGGUAUCCACAGCCCCCGCCCCGCGCAUCCGUCGACACAUAUGCCUCGACAUCAGAAGAAGACCUUGCCGAUGAGGUCGAUGAUAUGCCCGACUACGAUGUGCCUACAUACCGACACGAGCCGCUAGCUUGCGAUGCCAUCCCUACCACACCCCGCGACUUCGGAGAGCUCUUCCCUACAUCUAAGCGCUUAUCAAUACGCCACGACGACUCCACCAUAGACGGAAACAUGAAUCUGAGGGUGGACACACAGGUCGAGGAACGCGGACACCGGAAACAGAACUACACCCUCUUCCACCUCCGCAUGCAAGAUCUUCGCACACGUCAAUUCUCCCUCCGUCGGUACUGCAGAGAGUCAGGACGCGAAGUCUGCCAUUCGACGCGCAAGUAUCAGAAGCCCGCUGCGGAGAUGCGACCAGUCCUGCAACGCGCAAGCACAGCCCUCGCUAGCUUGGUCAAGUCCGACUCUCGCCCCUCGACAUCAGCUGGUCUGAAGCGGGCUGACUCCGGCUAUGACUCCGUACAGGGCAGUGUUCAUGACGACGACGACGAUAUGCCAUCUGAGUCACGCCCUAAAGCUGUGGGCUAUUCCAAAGGCCGCGCAUUAAUACCCACCAAUACCAUCAAGCUCGAAUUUUCGAAUUACGCGCAUCUCGAUGUGAAGCGCCGCGGUGCCAAGUCAUACAAGAAGUACGCUUUCGAAUACUGGGGCAACAACUAUUCCUGGAAACGCAUCGUCAAGAAGGAAGGCCGCGAACAACAUGAGUCUGUCUCUUAUUAUCUUGUCCGCGACGACAACGAUAAGGAGCCGCUAGCGCACAUCUGCCCCGUACGCUUGACUCGUGAAGAGGCACAUGAGGAAGCUGCCCGCGGGGGCUGGAUCCCACCGUGUUAUAUGCGUGUUACGGAUGACAAAAUCCUGUACUCUGACUCGGACAUCUCUGAUGUUGUUAUGGCGACAGGCCUCAUGGCUCUUGUAGACGACUGCAUCAAGCGACGCUUCCACUCCAAGCAGAGCACAACGAUGCAUAUCCCACUCCUCCGAAAUCCUUCCUUCAAGAUGGCCAACCUAGAAUACAUUGGUCCCAAACGCCUCAUCGAUGAGAUGUUCAACCGAAAACAUCAAGACGGUAACUUGUCAAAGAGACAGCCGUCGUCAGCACGUCGUGUACCCACAUCAGUCUAG